GAGAUUUUCCCUUGUCCGCGUGCACUUUUACAGCGUGGCACUUCCGUUAAAAGGGUGUGACGUCACCGCAUGUGGGCGGGGUUUAAAGUCGGACAGGAAAGUGAGUCGCUAUUUUCUCGCUGUUGAGAGAAACGAUGGCGGCGAUCCGAAAGAAGCUGGUGAUCGUUGGGGACGGUGCUUGUGGAAAGACGUGCUUACUGAUCGUGUUCAGUAAAGACCAGUUCCCUGAGGUUUACGUUCCCACCGUGUUCGAGAAUUACGUCGCCGACAUCGAGGUUGACGGAAAGCAGGUGGAGCUCGCUCUGUGGGACACUGCUGGUCAGGAGGAUUAUGACCGCCUGAGGCCGCUCUCGUACCCAGACACAGACGUCAUCCUCAUGUGUUUCUCUAUAGACAGUCCUGACAGUUUGGAGAAUAUCCCAGAGAAGUGGACGCCAGAAGUGAAGCAUUUCUGUCCGAACGUUCCCAUCAUUCUCGUGGGAAACAAGAAGGACCUGCGUAACGACGAGCACACUCGACGAGAGCUGUCCAAAAUGAAACAGGAGCCUGUAAAACCAGAAGAAGGUCGCGACAUGGCCAACCGCAUCAACGCUUUUGGUUAUUUAGAAUGCUCAGCGAAGACGAAAGACGGCGUAAGGGAAGUGUUUGAAAUGGCCACCAGGGCGGCGCUGCAGGCCAAGAAGCGUGGCAAGAAGACCGGCUGCCUUUUAUUAUAGGCAUCAAACUAAAGGCGGAGGAUCUUUAACUCUGCCACAGUAAAACAGGGAGGGGGCGGGGUUUAACUCCCACGAUUCUGAUACGGCCAAUCGGAGACGGGGAUUUAGAGAAACCGUGAUCCAUGAUAAGGACAUCUGAAGCAGCUUAGCGAUUUGGAUAACGCCAUUAUUUUUGUCAUUAUGAAGCCCAGAAAAGGGCCCUGUUCUAAUAACGGAUUUAAUACACCCUUGUCCACUUUCCCUUGGUUGAGCACACUUUGUUAUCUUAAGGUGACCGCUGCAUCCCCAAUAAGGCAGACGAUGCAAGAAACAACUUUUUUUUUAUAUAACAUUGACUUAUGUGAGUGGUUUAGGACUGGAUGUCUCUACAAUCAUAAUUUUACUCUGCUAGUCCAUCACCCAGUGUGACCGUUACCAUGCUAACUACUUUACAAGCCAAUAAAACACUGUAUUUAAGGGGAAGUGAACAAGGGGGUGAAUAACCCAGUUUUAGAACACAGAGCAGGGUUAUUUUCAGACUUUCCACUGAGCGCUUGAGGUUAGGUUUUUAAAAGGAAUCAGUCAUUAGGAUUUUAAUUUUAUUUUAUCUUUCCUUCUUCACUGGUUUUCAUCCUCCUGUCUUCAGUGACCGCGUUGAACCGACUGUACGUAUGUUUGUAUAUGUGUGUAUAUGAAUGCAUGCGAUUCUUUCUUUGUAAAUGAGUGUAUUUAGGCUGCUUUUUUUUUUCCUUUUAUCUUUUCUUUCCUCUUUUUCCCAUGCCUGGUGCCUUUCAGGAUUCUGGGCUGUACAUUAGUGACCUGAUACAUUUGGCAUUUGGUUUCAUGUUAUUUAAAAACAUACAAUUUUUUUAAACGUCGCAUUUAGAAAAUAAAAUUGAAUGGAAAAGGCAAAAA